AUGCCUCCGCAGAUCCGGGCGUUCGCCUCGGGCCCAGGCGUCGGCGCGCCUUUCCAUCAGCCUAGAUUUCCUUCGCAUGGGCAACCCCAAGGUGGACCGAUGGCCGGUAAUCAAUAUCUUAACGCCAAUAGUCAAAUGAAUCCCUUUGGAGGAGCGAAUGGUAACUUCAAUGUGCCCGGCCUCAACGGCGCCGGAGGCUUUGGUGACUCCGGGUUUGGCGGUCAAGCUUCGAGAAUGGGAUUUACACAUGGCCCAGCUGGCCUUCAACCGCCACAACACGCUGGACAGCUACAUCAUAAUGUUCUUAUGGAGCACCCAACGAUGCGGCCUCAGCAGAACAGGGGGCGUAUACGAGAGGUGUGGAAGCACAACUUGCAAGAGGAGAUGGCGGUCCUACGAGACCUUGUGGACAGUUAUCCUUAUAUUGCCAUGGAUACCGAAUUUCCAGGCGUUGUAUCAAGACCAAUGGGUGGCUUUCGUGGCAAGAGCGACUACCACUACCAAUGUCUGCGCACCAACGUGGACAUGCUGAAAGUUAUACAAAUCGGUCUGACAUUAUUCAACGAAGAAGGCGAGACACCGCCCGCUCGACCAGGACCCGAACUCGGCCUCGGCCCGGCCGCGCAAAGAAGCGCCAAUCAGGGCCCCUUUCCCUACGCUUGGCAGUUCAACUUUAAGUUUUCCCUCAAGGAGGACAUGUAUAACGAAAAGUCAAUCGAGUCGCUUCAACAGGCUGGAAUUGACUUCAACGCACUGGAGCGUGACGGAAUUGACCCUCACGAGUUUGCAGCGUUGCUGAUUCCGUCUGGCCUUGUCUGCUUUGACGAGGUCAAGUGGAUUUCCUUCCACGGUGGCUACGACUUUGGCUACCUGACCAAGCUGCUGAUCUGCACGCCGCUGCCAAACGACGAGCACGAUUUUGAUCACAAGAUGAAGCUGUACUUUCCGUCAACGUACGACGUCAAGCACUUGAUGAAAUACGCCAUCCGCCUGCACAACUCGGGGAUUCUAUCCCCCGCAGAUCCCGGUAGCGCCGAGAUUUUGCAAAAGUUUGAGCACAAGUCGGGAUUGGAGAACAUUGCCGAGACGCUCAAAAUUAAGCGCAUUGGCACCGCACACCAGGCCGGCUCGGACUCGUUGCUGACGGGCAAGGUGUUUUUCCAGAUGCGUGACCGCAUCUUUAACGGAGACAUUCCUGAGGAGCAUAUCGGCAAGGUGUGGGGCCUAGGUAUCCCCGACGGCGGCAUGAUUAUCGCAGCCAUGAUGAACCGCGGCGAGGACGUCGGUGGCGGCCUCAACGGCACCCCGCGUACGCCCAACACGCACACGGCCCAGCUUGCGACAUCGACGCCUGUCAACAACCAGAGCCAGGGCACAAACGGCGUCGGUCACAUGGGUCCAAUGACGCCCGGUGGCGGCGGGGGCAUCUUUGGCAGCUUUGCCUUUACCGGCGCCAGUAGAUAG